GCGGCCCCACGCGCACCCGCUCCGCCCGGCGCCCGCCGCGCCCCGUCCUGGCCUCCCGGUCACGACCCCAGACUCCGACCCGCCCAAGCGUCGGUGUCAUGUGACUUCUGCCCCUGACCGCGAGCCUGGGCCGGACCCCUAGGAGAAGAGGCUCAGGUCUGUGCGAGAAUCUGGUCUCUGGUGACAAGCCUGUGUGUGCCUCAUGCCAUGGUGGUGCUGUGGGCCCUCGCUCUGGCCUUGGCUGCAGGUCUGGCCUCUGCCUACCCACCGAACAUUGUGCUGAUCUUUGCUGAUGACCUGGGUUACGGGGACCUGGGCUCCUACGGCCACCCCACAUCCACCACCCCCAACCUGGACCAGCUGGCCACCGCGGGGCUGCGGUUCACGGACUUCUACGUGCCAGUGUCUCUGUGCACGCCUUCCCGGGCUGCCCUCCUGACCGGCCGACUCCCAGUUCGGUCGGGCCUGUACCCUGGCGUUCUGGAGCCUGGCUCCCGAGGGGGCCUGCCCCUGGAGGAGGUGACCCUGGCUGAGAUCCUGGCUGCCCAAGGCUACCUCACAGGGAUGGCUGGCAAGUGGCAUCUUGGGGUGGGGCCUGAGGGGGCCUUUCUGCCCCCGCACCAGGGCUUCCAUCGAUUCCUGGGCAUCCCGUACUCCCAUGACCAGGGCCCUUGCCAGAACCUGACCUGCUUCCCACCGGCCACCCCCUGCAAUGGAAUCUGUGACCAGGGCCUGGUCCCUGUGCCGCUGUUAGCCAACCUGUCUGUGGAGGCGCAGCCCCCCUGGCUGCCUGGACUUGAGGCCCGCUACGUGGCUUUCGCACAUGACCUCAUGGUUGAUGCCCAUCGCCAGGGCCGCCCAUUCUUUCUGUACUACGCCUCCCACCAUACCCACUACCCCCAGUUCAGUGGGCAGAGCUUCGCCGGGCACUCAGGCCGCGGGCCAUUCGGAGACUCCCUGAUGGAGCUGGACUCGGCCGUGGGAGCCCUGAUGACAGCCGUGGGGGACCUGGGGCUGCUUAAAGACACACUGGUCAUCUUCACCGCAGACAACGGACCGGAGACGAUGCGGAUGUCCCGCGGCGGCUGCUCUGGCCCACUGCGAUGUGGAAAGGGAACCACCUUUGAGGGGGGCGUCCGAGAACCUGCCUUGGCCUUCUGGCCAGGUCACAUCACUCCCGGCGUGACCCACGAGCUGGCCAGCUCCCUGGACCUACUGCCCACCCUGGCAGCCCUGGCUGGGGCCCCACUGCCCAACGUCACCUUGGAUGGCUUUGACCUCAGCCCCCUGCUGCUGGGCAAAGGCAAGAGCCCCCGGCAGACUAUGUUCUUCUACCCAGCCUUCCCCGAUGAGAUCCGCGGGGUCUUUGCUGUGCGGAGCGGGAAGUACAAGGCCCACUUCUUCACCCAGGGCUCCGCCCAUAGUGACACCACAGCAGACCCUGCCUGCCAUGCUUCCAGCCCUCUGACUGCCCAUGAGCCCCCACUGCUCUUUGACCUAUCUGAGGACCCUGGUGAGAACUACAACCUGGUGGGGAGUGGGGCCGAGGUCGCCCCCCAGGCCCUGGAGGCGAUGAAACAGCUUCAGCUGCUCAAGGCCCAGUUUGAUGCUAGCAUGACCUUCAGCCCCAGCCAGAUGGCCCGGGGCGAGGACCCUGCCCUGCAGAUGUGCUGCCAGCCCAGCUGCAGCCCCUGGCCCACCUGCUGCCACUGCCCAGGGCCCCCGCGCUGAGGGCACCGGUCCAGGCCCGCCCCCCGUGGCUGAGGCUCAGGCAUGGACAUGUUUUUACCUGAUACCCCAAUAACACCAGGUAACACUUG